CUCAGGAUGCAGUGAGCACGAGCGAAAAACAGCAGCGGAGAGCGAGCGAGCAGUGUUGCCAGAUUGGGGGUUUCCCGCCCAGUUGGGGGGUUUCAAGUGCAUUUUGGCAGGUUUUGAACAUAUUUUGGGCUGGAAAACGUCAGUAGUAUCUGGCAACACUGAGAGAGAGCGCAGCAGCCGGAGGCUCGGAGUGUGUGAGGGAUCAGUAACUCAGUGUAGCGGCGCCUCAGGGAUGUGAUUGUCAGAAUGGAGCAGAGUGAGGAGUCGAAGCUUCAGGCUUUAAACACAGAAACACAGCAGCUGCUGAAAACUGCACUGACAGACCCCGGUACAGUGGACUUGGUGAAGUUGUGUGAUUUGAUAGUGGACCAGGCUCUGAAGGACCCGGCCCUGUGCAGAGAUGUGGGACGCCUGUGCUGUAGUGUGGUGCAGGUGGAGGCGAAGCGGAGCAGUACGUGUGUGUUCAGGAGGAACGUGCUGACUCGGCUGCAGCAGGAGUUUAUGAGGCGAGAGGAGACACGGCGGCGAUCACUGCACGAGUGGGUGUGUGUCGUCUCACUCCUGUGUAACGUCUUCGACAGUCUGAAGGUGAAUAACAGCCCGAUGGCUGCGCUGGUGGAGCCGGUGUAUGAUUGCUUGUUCCGAUUGGCUGAGCCUGACGCUCUCAUUAAUGAAGUGGAGGUGGACUGCUUGGCUCUGCAGCUGCACCGUGUUGGUGAGCAGCUGGAGAAGCUGAACACCAGGCGGAUGGAUGAGCUCUUCUUCCUGCUGCGAGAUGGUUUCCUCCUGCAGGAUGAUCUAAGCUCCAUGAGUCGCCUGCUGCUGCUGGAGCUGCUCGAGUUCCGUGCUGCCGGAUGGAACCUGAGCAGAAACGCUCAGCGCUACUACUACAGCGAGGUGGUGGAGUGAGGAAGACGAGGAGUGUGGCUCUGAACGUGAUCUCACUCCACGAGUAGAUAAUCAGUAGAUACGGAGGAAGAAGAACGAGGAGCUCUAGGAGUUUAUCCCGCUGCCCGGACCGGAUGAAGAUGUGAUGUUGGUUAUACAUGUGUGUGGUGUUUAGAGACGAACACAGUUGUGACUGGUUGUGGUUCAAGUUUAGAGGAUUGAGAUGAUGUGGAUCUGCCAGGAAAGACAUGUUAAUCAUCUUGUUCGGACUUGCAUCCCCGAGGUGGACAGUGUUCGCACCUGUCGCUGUUGGACUGCUGUUGAUUUCCAUUAAAACUUUACAGUAAAGUGAUUUGAAUGUGUUUAUACUGCAAUACACUGAUCAUCACCAGCACUGAGAAACCUUUUCACUCACGUUCGAUGUGAAACUACUGUUUUGGUUUGAUAAGUUUUCAACAAGUUUUGUAUAUUUGUAUUGUUUAAAAUAAAUACAUUCUUAUUUACUCUCCAA